AUGAAUCAAAUAAUGUUCCUACUGUGGAGAAGCUCAAGCUGCUAAAAAGUAGUGCUCCUGGUUCAAUGGAGAAAUAUUUGGAGUUACGUGAGCAAGAAAAGCAGGCUGCGAUCCUGCAGUCCCAAUCCCAACCAGAAAAUCAAGAGUCCCAACCAGAAAGUGAUGCACCAACUGAAGUAGAGAAGAGAAAGAGAGGAAAAUCCAAACUAGGUCAUGUCCAUACGCGAGGUGAGAAGAAGGAGAUCAAGCUGUCGGAUCUAGGCCAACCUAUAUCAGAUGAUGACGAUCAUUUGCUAUCUGAGUUCAGCAAUUUCUUAGGAACAACGGUAAGGGAGUUUGUUUCUCUAACAUGUCGUAGUUGGAGUGAAGUUCCUGAAAAAGACAUCCUAUGGCAGUAUGUGAAGGAUAAAUACAUCAUUCCUGAGGAGGGUUAUAAAUGGGUAAUGACAACGAUGCGUGAUCAGUUUAGGGCAUACAAAGCUCGCAUCAAGAGGGAACAUUAUAGUAAGUAUGGUACUGAUGAGGAGAGGCUCGAGAACAGGCCGAGGGAUGUCCCUUUGAAAGAUUUUAAAAUGCUUUUAAUUUAUUGGGCUGAUGAAAAAAUAAAGGACAAGGCGAUAAAAAAUAUAAGGGCUCGAAGCUUUGUAAGUGAAACACAUACCGUCGGGCCUAGGAGUUUCGCCCAAGUCUGCCACAAAAUGGCAAUUGCAAGGGAACAGGCGGCUAAACCGGAUGAACCAGCACCACCAAUAUCAGAUGCUGACAUUUAUGUGAAAACACGCAAAAGAGACUCUGCACGAGAGUAUAAGCUACCUACUGAUGCGGUUGAAAAAAAGAUUGAAGAUGUUGAAAAACUUCUUAAAACAGGAACCGUUGAGGAUGCUAACAAACUUGUAUAUGGUGACAAGAAACACAGCCGCUCGUACCUACUAGGUAGACUUAUUCAGAGAAGGGAAGCAAAGGGGAAAUCUGUGACACACACUGAGGCUACUAUCUCUGAUCAGGUGUUGGCCAGUUUGACAGAAAAGAUCCGAGAACAACUUGCUCAAGAGAUGGAAGAAAAAAUGGAUCAGAAGGUUCGGGAGAAUGUCAAGGCAAUGGUGCCCAAGUUGGCAGAAAAGAAUCCAGACCUCAAGAUUGAUAUUCAAGACCUCAGUGUCGAGCCGACGUAUGAUGCCUCUGCAAGUGGAGCGAACACAGCCACCACGGACACUACUUGACUUGAUGUGUGAUGCACUUAGAUACUCUAAUCAUAUUUUGCAAAGUUUAACUUGUAAUGUAAUGCAUGAUGACGUAGGAAUUUUAAGACUUUGAACUGCUAUUUUACUUGGAUGGUUGAAUUA